CCUCCACAUUCCUUUACUCCUCAUAUUAAAAUUAUUCAUGUUCCAAACUUAAAAACUGUCUAUGCAAUUUGUAAAUGGUGUGAACAAAAACAUGAUAAAACGUAUGCUAUAGAGAAUACACAAUAUGCUGUUGGUAAAGAUAAAUAUGAUAGAUUAAUACAAAUAACUGAAUCGUCUAAAAACUCAACUUCCAAAGCAUCAAAAGCUGAAUUAUUUAAUGAAUUAAGUGAAAAUUAUACUUCAAAUAUAACAGAAUGGUCUGAAAUAUUAAAAACUUGGGUUUCAAUAGUAGAAGAUAAGAAAAAUUCAAAUAAAUUGUAUGAUAAUGAUAAUGAUGACAAUGACUUAGAUAUGAUGGCAAAUAAUUCUUCUACAGAUUAA